CAAGUGAUAUAUCUAUAGUCGUGAAGAUAAUUGGUAUGAUUUGGUGAUAAUUUGUGGACAAUUGGUUACAAUGACGACAGAAAUUCAAAGUCAGAAUCCAAUUCUUAACGAUCUGAAGAAUUUCUUGCAGUUUGUCUGCGAAAACAAGAGUUGUUCCGUAGAUUCGGUGAUCAACUCAAGUCUAACUCUUCUUAAUGGUUGUCCAUCCAGUCGUGAAGCGGUUCUUCAUUUUUAUUCACAACUUUUUGACGACUAUUGUGCUGAAUAUUGUGUCCAAAAUCAAGUCGAAGACCUGAAAUCACCCGACCGUUCAGUUAGUGGCCAACGAGUUGGUCCGAUAAUAGGGCGUUUCAUUGCGGCCAACAAGAGUCCGAUGGAUUCAAAUGCAACUCAUAUGCAAACUGAGUUGAUUAGUGUCCGAAAGGUGUCAACUGAUUCCCGAAGACAAUCAACCGAUUGUAGCGAAGAUACUAAAGUUGCCUCUCAUGUGGACGACUGUCCUCAAAGUCCAACAGCUGUGUCAUCGAUACCAAUGGAAUUAAGUGACUCAAUGACUAUCACUGAUUAUAACCACGAUUUACAAGACGUGAUGAAUAGUCUUGACUUUUAUUUUAUGAAAAUCAGUGAAACACUUCUGAUUCUUAUUGAAAGUGAAUCAAACACUUUGUUUACAAAAUUUAUCACCGAAUGGGCGCUCGAAUUGGCCGCUAAAUUAAGUGCCAAAUUUGGACGGUUCGGUCAAAAUAUACCAAAUUUUGUCUCUAAAUUGGAUGAAAAUGAUCCCAAUAUGUCAUUGAGUUCUUCGCUGUCAUUCUGGAUGCAAUGUCCGGCAAUGCAGGCCCUGACAAAUGUUACGAUCAGAAGCAAUACCAUAGAAUUGGAAGGUCUGGUCAAACAAAUGCUUGAGUAUUCACCUCAUUGUGAUUGGAUUCUCGCACAUCUUAUCACUACUAUGUCCAACAAUUCACGAUUUACUUCAUAUAUUGAACAACUGAUUCAAAGUUCAUCCACAUCGCCAUCAGUUACAUGUAUUUUGUCAUAUUUAUCUGAACACAAUCCCAGAGCUAUUGUCAACGCCUCAAAAACCAACAUUUCAUUUCUUCUUAAAUUAAGCACUAAUUCAAAGCCUCUUUUGGAUCUAUUGGUUUCAGAAGCAACUAAACAAUUUGAUAUCAAAACCCUAAACGAAUUGGUAGUCUCGACAAAACCCGAAGAAUUAAAUGAUCACAUAAUAUAUUGUAUUACUAAUGCUGACAAUGCUUUUGAUUUGUUGCGAUUGGCAUUUGAUAUAUCGAUUCACUCGGAGGCCACCGAAGCACUAAAAGCUAGGACUCACGUUAUAUUGUCAUCUAUUAUAUCACAUAUUCAUGAUUUCAUUUAUGUUUCCAACCGGUCAUUAGCUAACACUCCACCGAUUUUAAGUUUGCUUAAGAAUAAUGUCAAUGGACUUGUCAUUCAUACAGUCAAGACAUUGAAUCCAUCCUUACGUCUCAUUCAGUUAAGACUUUUGCAUUUACUUUGUAUGCAUUACGGACUCGAAUUCAUUACUGAAGUGUUUUAUCACAUACUGUCCACUCAUUCGCAUACAUCUAAUAAUUCAUUCAGAAAUCCCGUUUCAAAUCCGAUAUUAUCUCCACUAAUAAAAUCAUUGAAACUUUUAUUUGGGGCUCAAAUUUACGAUUGUCUCAACAAUACACUGAAAUUACCGCAUGAGAAGAGUGUCAACUAUUGGUCUCAUUUAACGGCAGCCGUUGAGGUCGAGCCCGUAUGUCUUGAUAUUGAGCUCUUGUGUUCAUUUUUUUCCGAUAAUAAUUUUGAUACUAAAACCAAAAUUUACAUUAAAUAUUAUAUUCUAAGACUUUUAUUGAAAACAAUUGAAAAAUUUCCCAAAAAGAUUAUCGCACCUCAACAUCGACUCUGUCUAUCAAUUGUCUCAACUUAUUUCAAACUAAUUGAUUUACAAACUAAUUGUUCAGAAACUGAACUCGACUUUUAUAUGGAGACAUUGUUUACCUGUCAAAAGUUGAUGACAAUCUUAGCAAAGAGUUAUGAUAUCAAUGAAUACAUUUUAUCGCGUGUUUUAUUAGAGUUAACUCUAGAAAAUAGUCAUCUGUUUAGUAAAAAUGGAAAUAUUGGUAAAAAUAAAUACAAAUCUAAAUUAUCAACAUUUGAAUCAAUAAGUUUACUCAAAGAAAAUGCUUCAUACGAUUUAGUUAAUUCAAAGUUUCGAAAAAUGCCUUUAAUUAAUGGCAAACUUGAAGUUUACAGCAAUUACAAUAACAUAGAGGAAGAAUCUAUGAUAAUGAAUCAGCCAAUAGUUUUAGACGCAUUUAAGUGUUGUGUUACAGAUAUGGUAUCUUUUGCCAAAUUAUUAGUUCAAUGUGUAUCACCUGAUCUACUAUUUAAUGAUAACAACAUUUGGGGCGACGAUGACGCUAAAGACGGACAGUUACAGAAUCUUAGAGUUACAAUUGAAAGAGAUUUAUAUAUUUGGCGAACAUUUAAAGCAAAUCCUCUUUUAUGGAAUUUAUGUGAACUUAUCGGUAGUUCCGGUCAUUUAAGUCAUUGUUUUGUACUAAUCCGGGCGUUAAUGACUGUCCAGAGGACUCAUUGGGCUUCAACUUCUGUAAGCACUGAAAAUAUUUCCGAAACUCAAAGACUAUUAAAUUUAUUAUCCAAUACUCAUCCGGAAAUAUUGCCGUCAAAGCCAUUCAAACACGUGGCCAUUGUAUUGCCUGAGUUACAGGCGUGGGAAGUGUCGUGUAUUUUGAACGAUAUUUGUCGUUAUCUUAAGGACUCGACAUCAGAUGAAAUGGAAAAUCCAUCGAUGAAACCAUAUCUCGAAAAAUUACGAAUAAUAAUGGCUCACAAUCUUCCGGGUCCUCUCUUUGUUAAAAUAUUCAAAGACAUAAAGAAAGUUUCUUUUGAGAUGUAA